AUGGGUGAGGAUGCUACCGUUGAUGCCCUGGACUUGGUUCUGGAUGGAGUCGACACCAUCUGGGGCUGGGUGGCCGGUUCAAAGGAGUCCGACCAGCCGCGGAUUUGCCAGCCGACAAGUCAGCCGCAGAUGCCGGGGCAGCUGCCCGGGGCAGGGCCCGCCGCGGGCUACUCGACCCAGCCUCCAGCGGGAUUUCAAGCCCCUCCUGCUCAACCUAAGACUUCAGCGAAUCAUUACGCUGCAGCCUUCGGGGGCGGUGUAGUCGGCGCGAACAACCCGGUGAUGGUUGGGGGCGUGCCGAACAGUCAGCCGGCGCCAGCUGCGUAUCAGAGCUAUGCCGCCGGCCCCACGGCUCCCACGCCCACGCCUGCGCCAGCUGCUGCAGAGCCGCCCAAACCUGCGCCAGCACCCAUGGUCGACCUCCUGUCCAUGGAGGAGCCAGCAUCUUCUGCUAAGCCGGCCGGGGUCUCCGAUCUGCUCGGCGAUCUGGAUGAGUCCGGCACCACACAAAGCUCCGCACCCUCGGCGCAGGCGACCCAGAACAUGCUUGACCUCUGA